AUGAGUUCUGCUGUUGAAAAGAAAGAUCUCCCUGCUGACUACGGCAAAAUGCCCGCUGGAUACAAUUUCCUCACUAGAGGUAAGGACUGGAGAGAAUACGACAAAGAUUUUAUCUUAAGAACUGAUGCAGUUUGGGAAAAGUUUUAAUUAGAACACUUCUUCAGAAACUAUAUGAAGUGUUUCUUCUUUGACCAUGGUCUUAAAAAGUAUUAAAUGUUUGAACCUGAAGAUAUGUACACUGUUGUCUUUGAAGGAUGGGCUUUGGAUGAUUUGAUUACUUUCCCCGGUUUUACUCCUACUGGCAGAACCAACAGCUAUCAAAUUGGUCUCUCUCCUAGAUAAAGAACUGUUGUUCCCACUUAAACUUUCUAUCAAAUGCAAGAUUACUACAUGUUGUGCGGUUUGAGAUUUGAAAGAUGGUUCAGAUGUGAUUUAGUUUAUCAUGAUCAAAGACAUACUAAGUUCGAUCAAGUUAAAAAUCAAAAGAACUACAAAACUUAUCCUUGCUAUAGAGAAUAUUAUGAAGCUUAAUACGCUUGCUAAGAUGAUAUGUUUGAUUUCUUGAUGGAAUUGGCCUAUGCUAGAAGAGCUGCCGAUAACUUCGAAUCCGAUUUUGCCAGUCACGAACUCACCACCUUACCUACUUUCUACGAUACCCCUAAGGCUGCCGAAAGAAAAACUUACACUUACUGA